AGCGGCGAUAUUCUUUGCACUGCUGGAUCUGGAUGUAAGAACCAACGGCGUGAUUAUUUUUGGCGUAGCGGGAUCGGGUCAUCGAUGAAAGCAGUCAGGUUACUCCUCAGGAGCUUGAUAAAUUUAAGGAGUCAUAGUGGGACGCCUUCGGAGCUUGAGAAAGGGGGCCAAUCAGAGCAGAGGACAUUUCUGAAAGUGUUCAUGAGGGAGCACAAGAGACUGCUCCUGCCGGAAUACAAGAACUGGAACUAUUAUCAUACGAACCGGAACUAGUACUAAACCUCCAGAGAUGGCAGAACACAACUGGCGCCUUUGCUAGUCUUUACAUGUAGAUCAUCUUCCCCCCGAUUUCGCUACUUUCAUCUAUCACUGAGUUUCAAAAAUCUCAAUAGUUAUCAGCCUGGCUUAGAAGUUGUUUAUGCAUGAGUUAGAGUAGGUUCGCUAUCCUCUGCAUGAGUUUUCCUCUCAAAACCAUAAGUCUUGCUACCAACAAAUGGGUCAACGUUUUUUCUGCUAAGUAAAGCGUGGUCAGGUCGUAGUUAUCUGGUACUACUGCUUUCAUCCUCAUUCCCUUGUCCGAACCCAUUCCAUG